AUGCCACCAAAGCGUGUGGCCAAAGGCAAAUUGCAUCAGCUGGCUGUUGAACUACCAUUUAAGACAAUUAUCUCAGACUUGAGCACGAAGAAGCAGUAUUGUGUCGGACGGCAGUUCGCAACUGGAGGAUUUGGGCGCAUUUACACCUGUAAUGAGGUCGGCUCGAAGACGGAACUUGUCGUCAAAGUUGAGCCGGCUGGUAAUGGCCCAUUGUUCACUGAGUUGAAUGUUUUCCUACGGAUAUUCAAACCGGACCAGAUUGCACAGUUUAUGCGUGAUAGAAAGCUGAAACGUUUGGGAGUACCAAAGAUGAUCUCUGGUGGUAUUCAUCAGCAUGGCGACGACAAAUUGCGAUUUCUGGUGAUACCGAAAUAUGCAGUCUCACUGGAAGAGAUCCGAGUGAAAAGAAAAACAUUCACACAGAACGAAGUUUGGACGAUUGCACGCUGUACGAUGGAGAGUCUUGAAUACAUACACUCGAAGAAUUACACUCACGCUGACAUAAAAGCUGCUAACAUUUUGCUGGAGAAAGCAGACGACUUUUCAACAAGCGUGCUUGUCGAUUUUGGACUUGCCCGUAUGUCUAGCAGCAACGAAGACAAGCCGGACAAAAAGAGAGGGGCUGCCAUCCAUCGUAUCGUGAGAUUUCGGAAAUACCUUGCCUAUAACAUGCGUAUUACAUGGCUAAGUGGUUUCCCUGCGUGGGAGGCUUACGAGUCGAAUCCUGACAAAGUAUAUCAGAUGAAGGAAGCGUUUCUGAAGGGUUUACCAUCAAGUUUGAAAGAGCUCCUUAAGAUAGCUGAUGAUGUAUUGAAGCGUUCUGGGCCGUCUCGACCUGGUAAACGUAAAAUCAAGAUGAAAAGUGUUGAGUCGUGA